AUGCCGUCCGAGGCUCCGGCUCUCCACGCUGACGGUGCCAUAAAGCGAAGUAUAGCGCUCUGGAGUCUCGCCCUGAGAGAUAGUGUCUGGUUCGAUAUUGUUUCGAGCGCAAACGUCGAGCCCAUCGCGUCUGAACGGCCAGGUGUCCUCGGGCACUGCGAGGGAGAUGAAGUAAAAUACGAAACCAGCCGGGCUGAGACGGCUUCUCGAAUGCGAUGCUUGCAGGCUGGCAACGCGGCUCAUGCAAUUGCCGGGACGGACGCCUCUUGGCAUUGA